ACGAAAAAGAUUCACAGGGAAUAGUCAUUGUUCUAAUGCCAUUCUUCAUUUAUAUUGAAACUUCUGAUGGUGCAAUGUGUUUUAACAAUAAAACAGGGGUAUGCUGUCAAGAUUAUAGGAACGUCUCUGGAAAAUGUGAAGCUUGCAUUGGUUCAUGGGGAAUCGAAUGUCGUUUCAACUGUCCAUUUGGUCAUUAUGGAUUUGGAUGUCGUAAAAGAUGCAAUUGUAGUUAUAAGCAGAUAUGCGAUCCCAAACAAGGAUGUAUUGGACCAUUUGAGGAUGAAAAUACUGUAGCCUCGACAGCACCACAAAGCAUUACUCCUAACCCUGACCUGGAAUAUUUUCCGAAGAUAGAGGCCUCAUUGCUAGUUGUCAGUGGUAUUCUGAUAUUACUUCUGCUGUGUACGAUUCUUAUAUGUAAUCGUAAAUUGAAAAAGCAAAGUAACCCUAUUCAGAAAUAUGCAGAUGGUCAAGAAGUCAUCUAUGAUGAUAUCAGAGAAACCCGAAUGUUUGAUAAUGACGAUGCAUCGACAAGAGUCUGCAAUUUGCCACCCAGCUUGAAUGGAGUAAUAACUCCUGUAGAAAGAGAUAGGAUGACAAAAGAACCGUUUAACCAGGCUAGAAUGCCACUACGACGUUCCAGAAUGCUGGGUCCAGGGGGAUAUGGACAUUGGUGCAGGGGAUCUGAUAAUUACAACCACGUUGAUUUCAAGAGCGUGAAACCAUUGUACUCGUAUUCAAAUAUUAUGACAAACGAUUAUGACGUUUUCGAGUCACCAACAUCCUCUGAAACUCAAUUAAACGACAAAGAAUGCGAUGGAAACAAACAGUUUGAAGAGGACAUAUUUGGAAAUAAUCAUAGAGGCGUAGUUCAUCCAAUCAGAAUGAAUCGAUCUAUGGUAAAUCGUCCGUACAGUUCAGUGAAAUACAACAGAAAAACCAGAAUGAAUGAAGAGCAUUAAAAUUAUGAUAAACAUUUAGACUUUAUUUGAUAAGCAUUUUAAUAAAAAAAAAACUUUUAGUCUAUAAUAAAUUCCACAUUGAAAACAAUAACAACCAUUAUUUUCUCCAGGGACGGCAAAUAUUUUCCGAGGUGGAGCUGAGAGAAAAGUAGACGAUAUUGCAAGUGUAUUCGUCGUAAAACUACA